CUUAAAUCGCAUAUUUUACUAGAUUUUUCGUAGAAGAUUUAGUUUCGUCCUUAAUGAAAGAGAUAAAAGCUAGUAAACAAUAUUAUUUAAUGUCACAUGUUAUUUAAUUUGAAUCUCGUUUCUCUCGGCAUAUGUGUGUUAAAUGCAAUAAUCAUGAAAACUUAAAAUAUGGGUAUCCUCCUCACUAAAGUUACCCAUGUUUUAUAUUUUACGUUUGGUUCCAGUACUGAUAUUCAUGUGCGUUGAAACUAUUAGCAUUUCAUCGGAAGAUGGAGAACAUCUAUUGAAAGAACGUGGUGCCCAUCAUCCGAAGCCAGUUCCAGUAGAACUAUUGGACCAUUUAGAUAAGGCUGCUAAGAAUGAAGAAGAGGUAAACUCAGGAAUGCUUCCAUUUCUAGUGCCAACAGCAAGAGCAUGCGCUGAUGUUGAGAGGCCUGCUUACGCCAAAGCGACAUGCACUUCGUAUCCCGGGCGUGUAGUCUGCCAGCUCGGUCGCUACACUUUCGUCAUAAACAACGGGGAGCACAAGAUGAAUCCAGAAAUCAUAGAAAGAUUUGCAGCCAUGGUCUAUCACAGGUCUCAAGAAGGAGACGCAAAUUUUGACAUUUCUGUUGACAUACCAGUAAAAAUCAACGACGACUAUUUCGUUCCUCCUCAGAGACUGAUCGAAACUACGACGUCCCACAUGGAGGAGAUGAGGUACCCUGUAUUUGUGGAAUGCUCGCCUAUUAUUGACGAAAGGAAGAUGUGCAACCCUCCCUACAACCCAACUGAGAUCAUCUACUCCUGCAAGCGGCGAGAACUCGGUUUCGGAGGAUUCGGUGGACUCGACAAGCGGAUGGUGAUAUCGGUGGACGGAGAAGGGACCGUAGCUGCUGGUGACCUAGUCUUACCUUACAACGCCUUAAAAGACAAAAGAAAGAAAAGACAAAGGGAGAAACAAGCUGAGAAGGUUGAACUGAUCCACUUGACUCCUUCAGGAGCAGAUAACAAGUUAUACUCGGACGUGUGCUCCUUAAAGACAAAGGGUUGGUGCCCGAACUUUAUCGAAACUGAUUGCCCUCCAACUUGCAGAACUAUAAACAUAACCGUGGUGGACGACUGUGCGGCGGUCAACGGAGGCACUCCAACCAACGCCAUGGAGGCACCACCCCUCACAGAGGUCCCUCAGUCUGCUCCUGCGGAGGAUAAAUCGAAUGCGGUGGUCCAACCACAGGAGAAGGCCCAGCGCGCUUUUGCGACCAACGCGACCCACGUAGAAGAAGGCUUACAGGUGAUGAAAAACCAGGAAGCACAGCUGUUGGCUGUGACCAUUUUACCUCCUCCUCAAGUAAGGGUCUUCUCUGACGUUUGUCUGAAGUCAACCGAGUUCCCUUGGUGCCCACAAAGCGUAGGAGAAGUAUUCGAAUGCUCAAUUCCGACAUGUAUCACGAUAGAUGAAUGUGCUCCUCCGACGUAUAAAGGUAGAAUGCGGCGAGAAGAGCCGAAACCGAGGCACUUGCAGAUCAGAAUGAAAUCCGGCAGGAAAUUCGGCCCCAAACGGAUCUUCAGGAAAAGAAAGCGCCAGGCUCUUUCCAACUAUAGCUUUCUAAAUUUCCCGAGGAAGGCACAUGUUCCAGGGUUUCAUUUCCAAACUCCUAUGUCCAAGAAACAGAGCACAGCAAGCACACAGGUCACGUCAACAACAAAUUUUGAAUCGACAACACAUUUCGAAUCGUCAACACACAACAAAUCUUCAACACAAAAGAAAAAUAUGUCAGAAUGCACAAUUGCGCCAGAGUGCACAUCAACCCUACAGUGUACUCUUGCGCCAGAGUGCACAACUACACUAGAGUGCACUACUCCGCCAGAGUGCACAACUAAACUACAGUGCACUAAUCCACCGGAGUGCACAAGUACAACACAGUGUACAACUACAACGCAGUGUACAACUACAACACAGUGUAUACCUACAACUACAUUAGAAUGCAUUACUAUAGAGUAUUUAACUAUACCUCACUGUCCAUCUACACCAGAGACAACAGAAUGUGUUAAAUCACAAAAAAUAGGGUUUAGCAGAUCACCAUUGUUCAAGCGAGAAAUGAGGAGGAGAAAAAAACCUAUUCGCAGAGUGUGGCCUAAUGUGUCAAGGGAACGGUAUAUUUUGGAAUAAAUUAUUAUUUCUC